AUGAUGAUUCCAAGUGGAUCAAAACUCGACCUUGGAACCUUAACACUAGAUUCUGGAACAGUAAAAAAAGGUUGGGAUGCAUUUUCAACUUUAAAUAAUGCAAUAGAUGGGGUUAGAAAGGUAGCAAAUGAUGUUGUAGGCUAUAAAAGUGUGGGAACUGGUGGAAAUGAGAAAUAUUAUGGAGAAACCGAAUUUCAGAAAAGAGGUACAUUAGAGAAAGUGGAGGUGGGACAAAUAUAUGGAAGAUUAAAGAAUGACUUAAAACUAAUACAAAUAUUUGAAAGAGAAACUAAGUCAAUGGGAACUUUAGAAAUUGUUUCUACCACUAAUAAUGUAGAUUUCUCAAAUUUGAUAAUAAAAUGGAGACGAAAGAUUCGAGACAGACUAGUUGAUAUACAAGGUAAAGAUUCAAGCUUAAUGUAUAACUUAACAGCUGAUGAUAUUGGAACCACUAUUAUCAUAGAAAUAUAUCCAAAAGGAGAAGUAAAUGACUCUUUGAAUAUUACUUAUGGGGAAUUAGGACCUAUAGAAAUAGAUGACACAACAAAGAUGUCUCUAUCUAAAUCCUUAAAAACAGGUCUAAUUAGAUUCCCUGUCCAAAUUAUAAAUGAUGAAUUUGAGAGUUUAAUAAAUCCAGAUAAUAAUUCAAAAGAAUCUACAAACAAUGAAAAUUCAUCUAUGACAAAGGAUAUUUUAGUAGUAACAAAUGACGAUGUUAAGGUAAUAAGAAAUGGAAUGAGUAGUUCAAACUCAAAGUAUGAAAAGAAAGUUGAAUGGUCAGCGAAGUACUUUGGAGGAAAUAUACAUAUUCAGCUUAACCAUUUAUCUACUAAAGAAUUUACUCUUUGUUCUGGGUAUGAUAUUCAUAAACAAAAGAUAUCUGUGAAAACAACUAGUAGAAAUGCAAGAGAUAUUGCAACUUUAACAAUUAGAUGUUUAAACAUCAAACACUCACUCUCUUUGGAAGCCAUAAUAGGAGGGAUUUCAUGGAAUUCAAAAAACAUGAAUUCACAGGAUUUAAAUGAGCCUGAAAUCGAUGAAAAUAGUAAAUUAAAUAUUUUUGCUUAUAUAGGAUGUUUAGAGGAUGAAAUAGCAAAUCUGGAAAAUAUGAAAGAAAGACUAAACGAAGACAAAAAACGUCUUCAAACUGAGAAAAUACUUUUAGAAAAUGAAUUAGCUGAAACUAUUACAGCUUAUCAGGAUAUAAUCUCGCAAUAUCAACAAGAAAAGGAUAACAAAGUGAAUACUAACAGCUGCUUAUUACCACCAAAUCCUGAAAAUAACUCCUCCAUUAAACAAGUUAAAGAGUUCAACAUCGACUACAGCUUUGAAAACAAACAAGAAGUGGGACACUCAAAUUCAAGCCCAAAAAUUAAAUCAAUUAAUCCAAGUCUAAACCAAAGCUCCAGUCUUUUACAUGGAUACAACGGAACCUACCCCACAAACUCAAAGCAAAAAGAAACGGUAAACUCUGGAAAUGUUGAUAACUCCUAUAAUGACUCUAAUUCACAAAACUCCACCGAAAUAAAAAAACUACUAGAAGAAAAUGCCUCUCUUAAACUUUCUAUUUCUGAAUUAAAUACAAAGUAUGAAGAUGAAGUUAGCGCCAAAACACGUGUUGAGAUGAGCGCCAAAGAGUCAAUGGAACGCAUGCAUGCAGAAAUUGAGGAAUUGCGCGGGAGAUUAGAAAAUACAUAUAAAGAAAAUGAGGAAUUCAGAAAUUUAUCCGAGAAAUUGAGCCGUGAAAUUCUUAUUAAGGGACAAGAAUUGGAGAGUAUCAAAUCGGGGCAGGACAUGAGUUUGGCUCAAGAGAUAGAAAAAAUACAAGUAAUGCAGGAUCGUAUAUUGGAUCUUCAGAGUCAGAACUCAGAAAAACAGCAAGCAAUUCAAACUUUGUCAACGGAAAAAUCAAAGUUACUAAAAGAUUUCUCAUCUUUAAAAUUAGAUUUUGAGAGACUGAAAGAACAGAAUAAUCAGCUAAAUAAGAAAUAUAUUAGCUUAAGCCUAGAAAAUUCAAAAACUCAUCAUCAAGAUAAGUCCUUGGAAGGAGGUAACGAGUCUGUCAUAUCCAAUUCUCAAGACCAAAAUAACCAAGGAGCCGAAAUUUUAAAACUGAAAGACGAGCUAGAAAACUGUAAAAAAACCAAUAUUGAGCUCAACCAAACUAUUACUCAACUUAAAACCAGAAUACGAAGGCUUGCAAUGAUUAACUCCGCUUAG